UGCCGUGAAACCCACACCUAGGAAGAGUGGGACUGCAGUAGCUGGGGUGGGGGCCAGGGGGCUAAGCCUGUAACCCAAGCCGGCCCAGUGCCUGGGGGCCCACGGGGGCGCGGGGGCUGGGCGCACCGACCGGGUUGCAGAGCUGUUGAGAGGAUUUGGCCAGCAAGCGGCCGACCUGGGAAGCGGUUGGAGGUGGCCCCUUCCUCUCCCCACCCCGCCCCGGAGGGGCAGAGCACUGCGCGGCGGCGGGGCGGCUCGGUGCCCGGCGGGCGGGCGGGCGGGCAGCCCGUGUGCGCGGCCCGGGCGGGCCUGCGGUCAGGGAUGAGGACGGCGCCUCUGCUGGGCUGCGCUUGGGCCGGGUUCCGGGAGCUCAUUCGUAUCCGCCAGCGCGGCGAGCGGAGCGGGGCCGGAGGAGUAGGAGUAGGAGCCAAGAACCCCUCAUUCCUCGAGAAGCUGUACAGCAACAUUGCUGAGGCCCCAGAUCUCAGACUUCACUCAGGACCAUGACCACCAGCUUCUCCAGGGCUCCACAAGGGGCAAGGAUGGCCACCCAGCCUGCUCCCCAUGGCCCCCAUCAGACCAGCACAUCCUCUUAGCAACAGGAAAGGAGGGGUCAUGCCCGGGAAGCAGCCCCUCAGAGCACCACCCCCAACCAUGACUGGAGAACUGCAGCUCUGUCCUGCAGUACAUGUCAUGGGGGACUCCUCCUACCCCUCCGAUGAGGACAGGGGGACCAGCAGGACUGUGGAGGCCUUGAGGGAGGCAGACAUCGGGGCCCAGGCAGUGCAGCCUGCCAAGACUCGAGAAGUGGAACCCAAAGCCCUGCUCCCAAGAACUCAGUCUCUGAGUUCCCCUGAGAAAAGUGAGAGCCCCCAGGCCCUCCCAGGGAUGGGCCAGGUACAGACCCACACUCGACGGCCAGGAAGACUUGGGGAAAGCCCCCAACAGUUGUACAGUCUGAGCAUCGUUGGCUCCAGAGAUAGGCCUGUCCUGGAAAAUACCACUGAGGGGUUACAAUGUGAGGACCCCCAGUUUCCAGAUGCAGGGGAUGCCCGGAGGCCAGGAAGCAGAACCCAGCUCAGACCCCAUCUUCCAGGACCUGAGGCUCCUCCUGGCCCCGAAGAGCUCAACUUCCAGAGGUGCUUUCAAGAGCCCCCCUCCAGCUUCACCUCCACCAACUAUACCUCACCAAGCACCACGCCUGGACCCCCACCCUUAAGGGCCCCCCCAAGUGGGGGCACCAGCCCCUGCAGGCCAGCCUCCUAUUUGGAAUUUCAGGCUAGCGGAGCUGACUCCUGGACCCCCACUGCUGAAAACAGUUUUCCAGGUGCUAGUUUUGGGAUGUCCCCUGCAGAGCCUGAGUCCUUUCCUGAUGGUAGCAACUCUGGGGUGGUCUCUUUUGAGUACCCCUUCCCAGCACUGCAUGGGGCCAGCCCCAAACCCUUCCCUAAGGACACAGCUAGGCAUGGGUACACCCAGGGGACCCUAGUGUUUGCUUUCCACCAGCCCCCAGGAACAUGGCCUGCUCCCCCACUUCCACCCUGCUAUCCCCCUGGGGACCUCAACAGAGCUCUCCCUGAAGUCGGUGCUGCUCCCCCACCCCCCAACCACUUCUCAGGAAGUAGGCCCACCUUCCCAGAGAGUUUGCACAAGAACUUGAGCAAAAGACUUCCUGAGAUACCACCUUCUGCCCAUGACAGACUGGGGACCCCCCAGGGGCCUCCAAACUCUUUACCCCAGAGGCAUUUUCCCAGAGCCAGCAGGGUGGGCACCAACCCCAAGUCUCUGGACACAGAACUGGCUGCCCCUGGGCCUCUACCUACCCAACUGCCCCAGCUGUGGGACUCCACCACAGCCCCUUACCCCACACCUGCAUUGGGCCCAUCGGCCACCACAAGGGGUAUGUUCUUUGAGAGCCAGCUCAAUCCUGACCAGCAACUCAGCCUCCCUCAAAGUCCCCCAAUACCCUGGUCCCAGGGGAUGCCAGCUGCUGCACCCAGCACCCACCACCCGAUGGAGAUGCUGAGCCAGCUGCCUUUCUCCCCAGAGGUGUCAGAGUGGCAAGAGGGCAGCCAGGGAGCCCUGGGCACCACGGGGCCAGGGGAGAAGUUGAUGAUGCUGAGAACCAGCCCCAGUCAGCAUGGCAGCCCCCCUGGGCUCUUUCCCUACAAUGGAUCUAAAGACCCUGGAACCCAGACCUUGUUCUUUGGGGUGGCUCAGCCCCAGGUCUCCCCACGAGGUCCCACUGGCUUACCCCCACCCCAAGGGGUGGCAGCCUCCCCCAGUGAGUCCCCACUGCCCUCCCCUGCCACCAACACAGCUGGUGGCAGUACCUGCUCCUCCCUGUCACCACCCUCCUGCAGCCCUGCCAAUCCCAGCUCUGAAGACAGUCAGCUUUCCGGCCCCCUCGGGGCUCCAGCCUUCUUCCACCCUUCUACCCACCACCAGGAGGCCAGUAACUCCUUCCCAUCUCCUGAACCUCCACACCUGCAUGGUCUCCCUAUCCACCACCAGCCAGAACCAGUCAAGGCCUUCCCUUUCUCCACCAAUGGGAUGGGGGCUAAGGACACCUUCAAGUGCCUGGAAGAGGCUCCGUACCCAGACACAGGCACCAGGGUAAGCCAGGGAGCACUGGAGGGCUUCCCUCGGGAACCACCCCCCUACCCUGAUCACCACUUCCCACUCAGCAGCGCCAGCCUGGACCAGCUGGAUGUGCUGCUCACCUGCAAGCAGUGUGACCGCAACUACAGCAGCCUGGCUACCUUCCUGGAGCACCGGCAUUUCUGUGGCCUGCUCCUAGCCUGGCCCCGGGAUGGCCCCACACAGUCCCCAGGGCCCCCCACGCCACCCACCACCCCCAAGGCAGCAGCCAGAGGGAGCCCCAGCCUGCUCCAACAUACCAGGACAGUACCCCUCCUGCUGGGUGGGGACCCCCAAACUAAUGGAAAGGAUGACCCCCUGAAACCUGGCUUAUUGCCCAGCCUAGCCAUUGUCCCCUUCACACUCCCUGCUGCCGAUCUGGACCUAGAGGAUGAGGCCAAACUGGACAGCCUCAUCACUGAGGCACUCAAAGGCCUGGAGUACCAGUCGGACACCCCCGAGAUUGACAGCAGCUUCAUUGAUGUUUUCACUGAUGAGGAGCCUUCUGGCCCCAGAAGCCAAGCCCCCAAGACUAGACUGGGGGCACUGCCUGAGAACAAGGCCCCACCCCGGCCACAUGCAGAAGCUACCACGCAGGCCUCCCACCCUGAGAACCAGGUCUCCCCAGCCCGGAGCAGACCCCAAACCCGCUCCCUGGGUCCAGUAGACAUCAAUGGAUUGGGCCUAGAAAGACAGCAGAGGAGAGGAAAGCGGUUCAAGUUACUCCAGAAAGAGCUUGACACAGUUCGCACCACCCAGAUGCCAGGCAGGGGUUCCAGAGUCAGCCGCCUAAGGCCACGGAGGAAGGGCCCCCAGGCCAAGCAGCCCCAGCGCCACGCCCGGGAACUCAGAACCCAGAACCCCAAGAGCCAUCCAAACCCAGGCCACCAGACCCCCUCCACAGAAACCCGAAGCUCCAAGCGUCUCCGACGCCUGGCCUCUGGGAGGGAGCCCUGCAGGAGGAGGACACGUGGUGGCACCUGGAGCAAAGAGCUCAUCCACAAGAUUCUGCAACAGAAGAACCAGCGGCACCAGCAUGGCCCCAGCCUCUGCCUCUCCCUGGAUCCUGAGCAACCUGCCAAAGACCAAGCUCAGGAUCACAACUCCGCCUCAGAGUCUGAGGAGGAUGAGAACCUUUGGACCCAGGGCCCUGGCUUCCGUGGCCGCCCCCGUCAGGGCUGCCGGCGGCGGUGGCGCCGAGGGGAGAAGAAAAAGAAGGAAGUGGGUUUGCCCCUGGGUCUCCCACAGAUGAAAAAGGGGCAGAAAACCAGAAGGCAGGGAGCAAGGAAGGACGGGGACUCCCUGAACCCAGAGGAACUCAGCAGGCCUGACCCAGGCCCCAGCCAGAGAUCAGAGGCCCUGCCUCCUACUGGAAGCCCAGAAGCCAGAGCAGACUCUGGGGAGAGGGGUCCCCAGGAUGCUGACUGCAGCUUGGUGCCCUCCAAGCAUCUUGAACAGGUUCCCACCUGCACCAAGAUCCCAGAAGGAAAUCAUCCACCACGGAACUCCCCCCAGAAGACCGUGUUCCCUGAAACUGCUGAGGAAUUUCCCCCUGACACACCAAAACUCUGCAGAGAGGUUUUGAGUUCUUCUCCACCAGCCACAUGUGUGGGAGGAAGCGCCUGUCCCCCAGGCUCCAUGGGACCACAGCCUGGCAGAGAGGACACCAAAGAGUCCAUCGGGAGCUCAGAGGCACCAGAUGUAAGCAGUCAGCCAAGUUUCCCAGUCUCCCAACACAGAGAGGACACCCCUGAGUGCCCAUCAGAAGAACUGGCGGUACCAGCAGUUCAUGCUACCAGUACUGCCCACCCUGACCCCUGUACCUUAUUCUCAAUGAGCCUCAAUCUUGGCUGUGACCCUCCUGUCUUUUGUGGUGGCUCCAUGGGGGCUCCAGUUACUAAAAAAGAACCCCUGUCCUACAGCAGAACCCCCAGAAAACUGUUUUCUGGACCCAAAGAUCUGGCUGGUUGUUUCCACCAAGACCUGUACUCCCAAUCUGGAACUCCAGAUCCUCCACCAGCAAACCAUGAGCACCUCUGCCAGGACAGUGAGCUCCCCAGACCCUUCCAGCCAACAUCACCUCAAAACUCCUCCACAGUGGAUACGGACCCAGACAGAGUGGACUUGCCCCUGACCUUGGAGUCUAUGCCCCUUUUCCCAGGGCUGCCCAAGGAUGGGUUUAACCUGACUGGAGAUGGGGAUACCCACUUCCCAUUUACAGGUGGCAGUCCCCCAAGGAAACCCCAUCUAGACCCUCCAUGCUCCCCGUUCCUGCCUGACAAGGGCUGGGCCUUACUAGAGGAUGUGUCCCCAGUGCUACCUAGUCAUUUUCCUAACCCCUCAGGGGAAAUGGACCUCCAUGGGAAGUGUCCCAGUGAAAGGACAAGAGCCUCCUGCCCAUCCCCCCUGCCAGGCAGGGUCAGCCCAUGUGACAUCAACUUGGUGAGCGGCCUGUCUGAGCAUGAACUGGAGAUCAAAAAAUUGGUCACCGAGUUAGAAAGUCAGCUACAGACAAGUAAAGAUGUGUCCCAGGUCCCCAAACAGAGUGGAGCAGAGCAAGCAGAUGCCCCUCUGCCUGUAGCCCAGGCCACAUCACCUGCCAGGACACCUUCUGUUCCCCUCAACAACCUUGAGGGGUUGAGUCCACUCUCAGAAGGGGCAGACACCACUGUAGUCACCAUGCAAAGCUCGGGAAGCCCGCAGCAGUGGGCCCCAUUACAUCCAGAAGCAGCCCUGUCCCCCAGCGUGGCCUCCAGAGCAAGGGACCCUGAGGCAGAGGAGGGCUGUGGGAUCUGCCCAAGCAUAUGUCUGUCCAUCCCUGGAAAGCUGCUUCUGUCCCCAGUGGACAUGAGUAGUUCAGCAAAGUGUAGCCCAAACCAGGAGGGCAGGGAACAUGCCAAGGCAGACUUCUCGCAGCCCUGUCAAGACUCACCUGCACUUGAGGCAUUCAGCAGCCCUGCUGUCCAUCCAACACCUGACUUGGUAUUUCAGGGUGUCAGGGGUCUGUCUCUGGAUUCCCCCUCACUUUCUGAUGCUCACCACAAUAAGGUCCCCCAAGGGCCCUCUGUAAGCCAUGCAGGUGGGUCCAAAGAAGGAAGUUCUGAGGGUCAGGAAGAGUUGGCCCUUUUAGAGGUCUCCCCCAGCCCAGCUCCCCAGGGCAUGGAAGUGGGCAUUCAAUCUGUGCUGAGUCCUGCAUGUGUGCACAAUUCCAGUCCUGGCAGAGAGCACCAGCACCCAGGGGCCAGCCCCCUCCAUCAGCUCCAGCUCCUGGUGGCCAGAGCAGCAGAAGAGAAGGAACCCCAAAGCCCACAAGGUUCCUCACACACUAGCACCUGGACUUCUCAGCACAGCAGCCUCUCGGAUAUGGACAGGGACAGUGAAGAAAAUGAGAAGAGGGCAGAAAGUCCUGCCCAGGGCUUCCAGGGACAUGUGCAGGUGGCAGCUGGCUCUGCAGAGACCACACAGCAGCUAAGGCCAGAGGCAGAGGGACAUCUGGACUUGCCUGAACAGAUGGAGGAACCCAUGGGUCAAGGUAGAGCCAAUCAGCUGCAGCAAAACUGGGUAAACCCAGGGGGUGCAGAUCACUUGAGCACAAUCACUGCCAACCCCGAAGCCAUACUCACAAAGCCAGCAGAGUGUGCAGGCCAGCCUGAGAGGCAGCUCCAGGGAGGCAGGACAGUCUUGGGUCUUGGGGAAAAGGCCACCCCAAGCCCUACCUCUUCCAGUCGGGAAUCAUCCAUGCCAUGCUUGGGGGCCUCCCAUGCCCAGGACAGACUCGAGGGUCGAGCCCCAGACAAGGUGACCAGCCCCAACCUCGAGAAGCAUCUGCUGUUCUCAUGGGCAAAUUCAGCUCCCCUCCUUCUAGGCCAGGGCAGUGGUCUGCCCUCACCCACUUCUGAAGUCACCCCCAUCCCCUGCAGCCUGAAACAGCAGCUGCCAGAAGACCAUCCACAUUCCUGGGGUCACCCUGACAGCCCACUACAUCUUCCAGCCUCUUCUCCUGCCUGGACACCUCAGAAAAGGGUCUGUCAUACCCAAGAUCCCACAGAUGCUGGAGCUGAGGGAGACCCUGAAAUCUCACCAUUUUUUACAACAAGCCCUGGUGGUCUCAAGGGAAGCCUGGCCAGUCCCCUUCUCUGUGACAGCAGCCCCCUUGAAGACCUUCCCAAAUGCCAACCCGUUCUUGUAGGGGAGCACCCUGAAGACAGCAUGUACAGAGCCAUAGAAGAUUCCAGAAGAGAGAGACCCAGAUCUUCCCCAUCAAGGACCAGCUCCCUGACCAUGGAAGACACUGCUCCACCCAGCAUACCAGCCAUAGAUGACAUGGAAGCUGUCAGAAACCCUGGAGCCAGUCAGUCAGACCCCGACUGCAGAGGAGCCCCACUCCACAGUGGCCCCAAUGAGAUGCGCAAGGCUCCCUCUUCUGACCCCCCAAGCAACAAUGUUUGUCUUGGCCACAGAGAAGGCCCAAGUGUCACUGCUGUGCCCUAUGAUUCUUCCACAUCGGGACCCAAGGGGCCAGAUGCCUGUCUUUGUUCCAGUGGUGAGGCAGCAACCAGCCUCCAGAGACAGGAGACUGUGGAGAAACCAAGGAGUGGACACUCUGACACAAGAGCUCUCAAAGCUGGCCCCAGAGGCCUAUCAGCCACUGACCCUUCCACAGAGCUCCACCAAGGCAGAGUCACUUCUCCCCAAGACUCCAGCCCCAACACCCCUGAAAGCUUCAGGCACAGUCACCAGACACAUAAGGAGGACCCCUUCAAGCCUGAUGAUGUGAAGAAGCAGCUUGCAUCCACAGGGAACAGCCUCCAGAAAAAGCAAGCCCCUAGUAGGUGGCCCAAUAUCUGUGAGGUCUGCUCUGCCUCCUUCCGCUCCAGCCCAGGCCUGAGCCGCCACCGAGCCAGGAAGCACAGGAUCCACCAGAGAGCCGCCUCCCAGCCUCGAGAAACCCCCAGGAAGAAAUGCCGCAGGGCACCUGUGAAGAAAUCAAAGCAGAGCUCCAUGGAGCUGUUGGACACACAGAGACCAAAAGUGUCACAAGGGUCAAGACGGAGACCUCGUAUACUGGGAACAGCUGACUGUGUGCCCAGCCAGGAACUGCACACCCCAGACCUGGUCAGGCAAGGGGUGGAUGUGAAGCCGGCAGAACUCAGGAAAGCUGACAGACUGGAGAAGAAGGAGCUGUGUUCCAAAGAGGCAGAGAGAGGAAGCCAGAGGCAGGGCAGGGGACAGGCAAGCUUCCCUGGAGAGUUGAAGAGGAAAUCAAAUCCGAGAGCAAGAAAGCUGAGAGCACGGAGGUUCCAGGAGGAGAGCAGCCCUCCAGUCUCUCCUGAUGUGAUUUCAGAUAGAAGCAGCUCAAAUCCAUCAACCGUGAUGGCCUGUCCCCUGGGCCCACUGGAGUUGGGGCAGGAAGCUGGUGUUACACUACCACCUCACAUAAACACAGGGUCCAGGGUGACAGUAGAGGAGGCAGCAGUAGGAACAGACCCAGAGGUGGUGGCACCCAAGUCACCUAGGGAUUGGGUGGCCCAUCCAAAGAAGGUAGCAGGUGCACCUCAAAAGAAAAAGCCUAAGGCACAGAAGACAGACUUGGCAAAGGGGAGUGUGGUGCAGAGAGAGUCCAGGACAAAAGUCAUCUCCGAAGACCAAACACAGAAGGUCAGGAUGUUUUCUGCAGGAGAUAAUGAAGUAGCCAGGAACAGCUGCUCAAGGCAAGGCAUUUGGGGGGUACCUGAGCCCUCCUUGGACUCCUCAGAUCCUCCUGAGACUUGUAGUUCUGAACCAGGCAGCAGACGCAGGAGUUCCUGCUCAGAAGACAAGGCUCAGAAGCUCCAGAGCACCCCCCAAGAAUCCCCCAACUCAGACCUUGGAGACCGUGAGAGCAUCUUUGAUGAUGAAGCCUCGUUUUCUCAGCUCUUCCCUCUGGGUACCCGUCUGACCCGGAAGAAGAACCCUCGUGUCUAUGGGAAACGCCAUAAAAAGCCAAAGCCCCCUCCACCUCCAGAGCUCUUCUUUGAGGUUGAGGGAAGUGCCCCUCUAUCCCCCACCCACCUAGCCACAGAUCUCAGUGACUCAGGCUCACUCUGUUUGUCCCACGAGGACCCAUGGGGUGAAGAGGCCACAGGGCUUCCCCAGUCCUUCCUCCUAGAUGAUUUCUUCAGCAGCAAGGUGCCAGGCAUUGACCCCUGGGCACCCAGUCCCAACCUGUGGGCCCUGGAGACCAACCCCAGGGCUGAGAGGCCCAUUUCCCCCUGCACCCAGGACCACCUGGCUGAAAACAUCCCAGAGCUGCACAUGGUCCCAGCGGCCUGGAGGGGUCUGGAUCUUCGGGCCCCCACUGAGGAACUUCCCUCUUCUCUCAGAGAUGAGAGCCCUGAGCCCCCUGACCUGGAACGGGAGGGCUAUGCUGAAGGUCUCCCUGGAGGUGCUAUGGAUCUCCAGGCCCUGGAAAUGCAGGAUCUGUGCUUCCUGGGUGCCUGUGAGGAGGAUGCCCCUAUAGCUCUCCCGAGCCUGAGCUUCCUGGACCUGAAGACCACAGCCAGUAGCCUGGGGCCUCAGGAACCAAAGGAGGCAGCAGGAGCCAGGAGGAGCCCCCAAGCCCGGCGGGGAUCCCACAAGUGCCGGGUGUGCUUCAGACGCUUUGGUGGCCUUGGGGAGCUAGACGUGCAUCUGCUGGUCCACAGCCCUUCCCCACCACCCACCUGCUACCUGUGUGUGCAGCGGCACUUUGGUUCACGUGAGAGGCUGCAGGAGCACCUGCGGCAGAAACACCUGCAGGGUCGCCAGGGGCCCUGGGCCUGCGGCAUGUGCCUGCAGGAGGUGGCAGACAUCUGGAUGUACAAUGAGCACCUGAGAGAGCACGCAGUGCGCUUUGCCCGAAGAGGACUGGCGCGCAGGUCCCUGAGGGACUCAUCCCAUGGUUGGGAGGGAGACUGUGCAGUGACAGACUUCCUGAGCAGUCUCCUGGGGGCAGCACCCAGACCCCACCCAGAUCAGUCUUCCAGUGGUCAGGGAGAGGCCUCUGGACCAGAACCAGAAGCCCAGAGAGAAUUCCCAGGGGAGAGAGCUGCCCCAAGUGAUGCUCCUCACGAAGGCAGCCCACCCACUGUGCCCAGCCCUGACAGCCUCUCUGAGCCCCUGGAUCCAUCGGUAGCGAUGCACCAGGACUGCAGGGACCCCUCCAGGGACUGCCACCACUGCGGGAAGCGCUUCCCCAAGCCCUUCAAGCUGCAGCGCCAUCUAGCGGUGCACAGCCCACAGCGCGUGUACCUGUGCCCUCUCUGCCCGCGUGUGUACUCCGAGCUCAGCGAGCUGCGCACACACCUGGGGGAAGCACACAGGGACCACACAGAGCGGGAGCUGCCGCAGACGCCGCUCUUCACCUGUGAGCUCUGCGCUGCCGUCACACACAUCAGCCGUCGCUCCUUUGCCUGCAGCACCUGUAACUAUACCUUUGCCAAGAAGGAACAAUUCGACCGGCACAUGGCCAAGCACCGCAGGCGGGGCCAUAAGCCCUGCCCGGUGCGCAGGGUACACCGGCCAAGGGGUCCUCAGCACCAGGCCCCACCGAUGCCUAGCAAACGAUGCAAGGUGGCUGUGUCCAGUGGGCCCCCAUUGCUGUCGCAGUGCGGCGGCCCCAUUGUGGUUGAGGGGACCCCUGCGGCCCUUCUCCAGUCCUGCCCAGAAGUGGUUUCUGGCACCCCUAAAGGGCAGCUGGGAACCCCAGAGAAGCCAAGAGAUAGGAUGGGUAACCCAGACCACAAGGCUGACUUACAGGUUGAGUUACAGGAGCUCCUACCCCCUCCUCUGUCUCCCUUCCCAGCCACCUCGAUGGACAGCAAAGGGUAUCAGCAACUGAAUGAAGUUCCAGAAAGCUCAGAGAAUGAGACCUCCACAGGAGGCCCCCAGCCUGUUCUCCAACAGGCUCCCUCUCUGGAGGAGCCCCUGCCCCAGCCAGGGACCAUAGGCCUGAGAGGACAGGAGAGGGGAUCUGCUGGUCUGCCCUCGAGGAAACGCAGGACUCCCAGUGAUCCUGGCAAAGGUGUCCCCUCCCUGCUCCGGAAGGAGAAGCAAGUGUUCACCUGUCGUGUGGCGCCUGAGGGGGAGACAGGGGCAUCCUCCCACAAGAGCAAUGCCACCAAGCCUGGGGGCUUCCAGAGUUUGUCAAAGGACAAGUGGACCUGGCCCAUCUCCAGCAAAGCCCCCAAGUUCCCAGCACAGCCCAGAAAGAGCACAGGGAAUCCUGUACCCACAGAGCCAGCUCCCAGUGCUGAGGACCAGGUGAAGCCCACUACCCUCAAGGUCAAGCCAGGUUCCAGCUCCCAGGGUGGGGGAGGCCCACAACAUGGCACCCAGAGAGCUGGUGGCAGCCAGCCCCAGCUGGCCAGUGGGCCCUUGCAAAGUGAAACAGCCACCACCCCUGCCAAACCUGAUGGCCCAAGCCAGAACCCGAAGCCAGACAAGCUGCUUCCUCAAGCACCAGCCAAGAGCUACCCCAGGGGGCCAAGGGAAGCUGGGGACCAGGGGAACCUGGGCUCCAGAGAAGACAGAGAGGCCAAUGGGAAGAGAAAGGGCCGGGCACAAGGGCCUACAAAAAGUGAGGCUGGAGGAAACAUGGGAAGAGCCUCCUCAGCCCCUGAGAAACCCACCCGAGCCCCUCGAAAGCAGGCCACUCCUAGCCGUGUGAUCCCCAAGCCCAGGCCCAAUAGUCAUAGCAGCCGGAUACCACUGCGGCCCUCAGAGCAAGGAAAAAGAGAGCCAGCCCUUGCCCAUGGGGACUGCAGACCUGGAGGGCUUGGCAAGGCUUUUCCCCAGGCCAGACCCCUGCACAAACCCACCAAGAGAUGCGGAGUGGUCCCUGGUGCCAGCCCCACCAUCCCCCAUGCUUGUCAGACUGUCGAGUCCCAGAACCACCUCCUCAGCCAACUCUUUGGGCAGAGACUGACUGGCUUCAAGAUCCCUUUAAAGAAGGACACUUCUGAGUAAUCCAUAAAUGACAGCUCCUUUCUAAGAGCAGAGCUGGGGAAAGGAAGCAGCAGAUGAGGGGAAGGGGGUCCUAUGAGGGCCUUACCCAUAUUGGUGGGCUCCAGUCCUCUGAGACAAGACUCUGGGUGGCCUUAUCUGCUUUAAUUCACUGAUUGUGCAAAUGCUAAUAUUUUUAUGUUAGA